CAGGUGAUCGCUUGCGCGCUGCUGAGCGCGCCCACCUCCACGCUUCACCACUGGCAGCACCACGUGGCGGCCGUGGGCAUCUUCCUCACGUGGCUGGAGCUGCUGCUGCUCGUGGGCCGCUUCCCCGUGUUCGGCCUCUACGUGCAGAUGUUCGCCACCGUCGCCCUCAACUUCGCCCGCUUCCUGCUCGCCUACAGCUGCCUGCUCAUCGCCUUCAGCCUCAGCUUCGGCGUGCUGUUCCCGGACUACAAGGCGUUCAGCCACGUGCUGUGGAGCCUGAUGAAGACGGUGGUAAUGAUGUCGGGGGAGCUGGAGUUCGAGGACAUCUUCUAUGGGGACACGAGCGUGGCGUACCCGGGCACGGCGCACUUCGUCUUCCUGGCGUUCGUGCUUCUGGUGACGGUGGUGCUCACCAACCUGCUGCUGGGACUCGCCGUCUCCGACAUCCAGGUGUGCAAGGGUUCGCCAUUGAAGGGCUUCCCGGAAUGA